AUGGCACGUUCACAGCAUGUUAUUCUUCUUGCUCUAAUAAUGUUGGCCAUGAUUGGCCUCUCCCGUGCUGCAGAUCCACCAAUGCCCUCCGAAGAUGACUACGAAGAAGACGAUGACGAAUUUCUCAUUGGAACCAGAAGCGGCGACCCUCCUUCAGCAAGCCGCGGUGUCGUCGCCGCACCCAUCGGUGGUCCAGUUCCACCGGGUGCCUUCGAUUCUACAAAAAGUGCUGCACCAUCCACACAGUUCUCCGCCAUAGUCGGAACGGCUGUCAGCGCCGCUGUCGCUGGACUAUUCUACUUCUGA